AUGCGCUGCGCGCCCGCGGCCGGGGCCGCCCUGGUGCUGUGCGCCGCCGCCGGGCUGCUGAGCGCGCAGGGCCGCCCCGCGCCCGCCGAGCCGCCGCCCCGCUACGCGUCCUGGGACGAGGUGAACGUGCUGGCCCACGGGCUCCUGCAGCUCGGCCACGGGCUGCGGGAGCACGCGGAGCGCACCCGCGGGCAGCUGGGCGCGCUGGAGCGGCGUCUGAGCGCAUGCGGCGCCGCCUGCGGGGACCCGGGCACCGCCACCCCGGCCCCACUCGGCCCCGCAGGUCCCGGCUCCCCGGGCGAGGCCGUUCCGGAGACCCUCCGCACCCUGCAGACCCAGCUCAAGGCUCAGAACAGCAGGAUCGAGCUGCUCUUCCAAAAGGUGGCCAAGCAGCAGCGCCACCUGGAGAAGCAGCACAUGAGGAUCCAGAACCUGCAGAGCCAGGUGGGCCUCCUGGCCCCCACGCACCUGGGCCGCGCGGUGGCCAAGCCUGCCCGGAGGAAGAGGCUGCCCACGAUGCCCCAGCCUGCUGGCUCCGCUCACAACGCAACCCACCCACACAGGCUGCCCAGGGACUGCCAAGAGCUGUUUGAAGAGGGAGAACGGCAAAGCGGACUAUUCCAGAUCCAGCCUCAGGGGUCCCUGCCUUUCCUGGUUAACUGCAAGAUGACCUCAGAUGGAGGCUGGACCGUAAUUCAGAGGCGCCAGGAUGGCUCCGUGGACUUCAAUCAGCCCUGGGAAGCCUAUAAGACUGGCUUUGGAGACCCCCAAGGAGAGUUCUGGCUGGGCCUAGAGAAGAUGCACCUGAUCCUGGGGGACCACGGCAGCCACCUGGCUGUGCAGCUGCAGGACUGGGAAGGCAAUGCCAAGUCACUGCAGUUCCCCAUCCGCCUGGGUGGUGAGGACACAGCCUACAGCCUGCAGCUAACAGCACCCAUGGCCAGCGAGCUGGGUGCCACCACUACGACACCCAGCAGCCUCUCCCUUCCCUUCUCCACUUGGGACCAGGACCACGACCUCCAGGGGGACAAGAACUGUGCGAAGAGCCUCUCUGGAGGCUGGUGGUUUGGUAACUGCAGCCACUCGAACCUCAAUGGCCAGUAUUUCCACUCCAUUCCUCGGCAGCGGCAGCAGCGUAAGAGGGGAAUCUUCUGGAAGACGUGGCGGGGCCGAUACUACCCGCUGCAGGCCACCACCAUGCUGAUCCAGCCCAGAGUGGAUGAAGCAGCCUCGUAG